GUCCGCGUAAGAUUCGUGCUGACUGAUAUAUACUACGAGGGUAGUCCACUGAAGCGCCAGUACAAGUUGGGCGUUCGUAAAACUCACACAGAAUGAGCAGCUCGAAACAGGCAAACCACGUCAACAAUGACGUCAACUUUGAUUAUAAGCUGUGGAACCAACGCAAGGCCACGUUUGAGGAUUCACUAAUAAAGAAUUUGAAAUCAUCGAUUUCAAGUGGAUCAGUUCCAAGUUUUGUGAAUUAUAUAACAGAUGGCGUGAAUGAAUUGGAAGCCUUAUAUUCAGUGUUACCAGGUGGUUCAAACGGUGAUGAGUCGCAGCUACAUCGGAACAAAAAACUUCGGACAUUUUUCGGUGAAAUGUGUAAAACAGAUGUCGAGGGCGGUUUUUUGGUGGAAUUUUUAGUGCAAAUACCAGUGUCGAACGAGUCAAUUCCCCAGUUGGCCAACCAGUAUCCUCUUCACAUUGCGAUAGGAGCGGGUGCAUUCACAAAUGUCGAAACGCUGCUGAACCUGCCGAACACCAACGCGAACGUUCUGUGGAAGAAGCAAACUCCACUGAUGUUGCUGUUCAAAGUGACCAAAGCAGAAAACUUUCCACUCGUCAUGAAACUGGUUUAUCUUUUGGCAAGCAAACAAGCUGAUAUCAACAUUGGGGACUAUACGAAGCAUCCACUGUCGGUGGUUUGCGGUCUGACCACGAUCACCGAUGCGCAGAAGCACGAACUGCUGACAUUGUGCUUCGAACUGUUCAAAUGCGACGUGGACAGUUUCUUCAAUGGGCAAGCUAGACGCGAUGUAACGGCGUUACUUCCAGACUUUGUGUUUGAAGCAAAGCGCGCCGAAAUUUCGCUAGAAAUGAUGAAGUCUCUGCUGCUAGCCGGAAUCGAAGACAUGUUCAUCGAUGAACUCGACGAGUUCAUCCAGACCAGAAGAAACUCAACGAACGAGCUCGCUGAACUGCUUAUGCUAGCCUCGUCCAAAGGCAGAAGUCAAGGGGUGGAGGCAAUUCUAAGCAAAUCAGCCAACAAUGAGGAAUUAAUCAAACAGAUCGAUAAACUUUCCAAGGUCCUCAAGAUAGUGUGCUCCAAAGGCUACCCGCAAGUGCUGGAGCUGUUCCUCUUGUACAUCAGCCAACCAGCGGUGUUCAACGAACGGCCACUGGCGUUGACCUGUGUGCAGCGGCUGUACCGGGCUCGAACUGCCGAACUGGAGGAAUGCCUCGGGAUGCUGCUGGUGGAUCCCAGAGUGUCGAUCGAGCUGUGCGAUCACCUGGGACGGACGGCGCUCAACUUUGCCCGCCAGCACGAGAUGAACCAGGAAGUGUUUUCCAUAGUCGACAAUGAAGCUAAGAGUCUGAUUAGAGAGUAGGAUGAAUUUACACAUUGCGGAGCUGAAACUAAAUCUUUUAAAACAAGAAGCCGAUUGUUAAUUUAUGUAGCUGUGAUACUUUGUGUUCAUUUCAAUUGAUUAUAAUAAGUUUUCAAAAUCAUAAACCAAUAGAUAAUAAAUCAUUGUAAUGUAAAAACAAUCUCAUGAAGCAGAAGUGAGGUUUCAUUUACUUUAUAUUUAAAUACAAUUACUUAAAUGUUUUAAGCAGCAGAUCUUUUAAAAUCCCUUGUUAAAAGACUCUCUCAAAAAUUGUCC